AUGAAUCAAUGUGAUGUACAUCAACAGAAACUUAAACUACUCUGUAGUAACUGUAAGAUUAAUGUUUGCAUUCGAUGUGUAACCGAUACACACCGUGGUCAUUCUUUUGAUCAUAUUCAACAGACUUUGGCACAUAAACGAUAUAGGAGAAAUAAUGAUAGAGAUGACGAUGAUCUAGUUGCUGAUCAUACAACUGGUACUCUAGAAACUGAUAACCUACAAUCAAUAACCUCUAAUAUAUUACCAUCUACAUCGCCGGUUCCACAACAACCAUACACUAAUCAAGAUACACUUAGCAAUCAACAGAUCUCCCAACAACCUAUAAAUAAUACACACAAUACAUUCACCAACAUCAUUAACAACAACAACAACAACAAUCGAAGAAACAAGGAUGAUUACAUUCAUUCCAUUUCAUUAGUUCCUGUUUUUUAUUUGAUUUUUGUUUUGGCAGGAGAGAAUGGUGUUGUAGAAGCACAAAACACCUCAACCAUUUACUAUGUAAACACCUAUUAUAAUUCAUCGGAUUGUGGAUCUGAAGUUGUUGAAAUCUAUGGUUAUGACACCACCGGCUGCAUACCAUACACCUUCGGUAGCUAUCUAUAUAUUUGCAAUGAUUCAUUUAUCGGUUGGAUCGAAUACUCAGAUUCAGCGUGUGGUAAUGAGACUCAACGUACUGUUCACGAAUACAACACUUGCUAUCCACAAGACCCGUACUACUCGCAGUACACCUGUCAAACCCAAGAGCAACUCCUCCAAGCUUACCCUGGCUAUACUGGUAUGAAUCAGUACACCAACGAAAAUUGUAACGGUGAACCAGCAGGACUCAACCUUUCACCCUAUCCACUAUGUGAUGCACCAUUUGCUGUCAAAUGUGAAGACGAUAAACUAUAUAUUUCAGAAGGUGCAACAGACUUUUGUGUAAAAUACGGUGCUUGGAAAGAGUAUACCGAACCACAAUGCGCAGACGGAACAUUUUUCCAAUGCUGCUUUGUUAUUGAAUUACCAUUAUUGAUAUCAGUGUUCUCUUUCAUUUGGUAUAUACCAGCUGGCUUAACAGAUUCCUAUCUUUUCAUAUUGAAUUGGAUUGGACCUGUACUUGUUUUGAUACAAGCAUAUCAAUCGAUCAAUCUAAUUCUUUUUACAAACAGAAAAUUGAUGGAAAAGACACUAGAUCCUUCCUAUGACACACCUAUUAAACUUUUUACAGAUGAUACAAGUAAACUUAGUUCAUUUAACUCAAAUAUAUUAUCAUCAGUUGUAACAAUAUUGGUUCUACUUAUCCCAUUUAUGAUAUUCGUAGAAGAUUCGAUGUUAUUGGAUAUAGCGAUGAUUACAUUCUUUGUAGCGCUGCAGUGCUUUAGUUAUUUCUAUAGUGGAGUCAACAGUUACUCUGUCUAUGUAAUCAACUGUGUAUCAGUGGUAGUAUCACUGAUUACACUACUCUCACUGACCAUCACCAUCGGUCAGUCAGACUCAUCAUCUACAAUCACCGAUAAUUCAUUAUUUGGUAAUCUAAAUGAAUCUGAUAACAAGGAAAGCAUUUAUCAAAUCAUUCAUAUAAUGUUGGUUAUAGCAUUGACCUAUUUCCCAAUGUCUUAUUUCGGAGUGAUCGAACCAGUUUCAUGGGUAUUCCCAGUGCUACAGAUUGUAUUUCAAUUUGCAUUGUAUACAUUAAGUUGUUUACAAAAUUCAAACCUAAUAAAACUUCAUGAUGAUUAA